CAAACGCAAAAAUCUCUGAAAUUCGGCCGAAAAUGCAUUCGGACAAAAACGAAUGCACAUGUCGAGUAAAUAUGAGCUCUCUUCUUUAUGGGGGUUGCGGGGUGGGGGACAUUUAUUAUUAUUUUAAUGUCAAGGUGAAUCCAAGGUCAUUUACAUUUGUCUGACUUUACCCCACCUCACCUCCUUAGCUGGUCAACAACUUAAUUUGUUAUUUUUGGAACAGGCAGAAUAUUUUUUCUUUCUUUCGAGGGAUCGGACCCCAUUGAGUGGUACAGCAAGAAACUCUUCAUGAAACUGUAAGUUCACUUUACAUUUAUUUCUUAUUUAUUGACUGGAUGGACCAAUUUACCUAUCAACACUUGCCAGAGGUUCAGAAUAAAUCAUCGAUUAACAACGUCUUUAUUGUUGGGUUGAGUAUCUCCCAAAACUACAGACUUGUCCUCUUCGCCCUGUUCACGGUCACCUAUGUUGUGACUCUGACUUGCAACCUCAUGAUUAUCUUCUUGGUGUUCAUCACAAAACUUUCACAGUCUCCUAUGUAUGUGUUCCUCUCCAAUCUCUCACUGUCGGAAGUUCUGUUCACCAGCAAUAUUGUUCCUCCCAUGCUAUAUAUCCUAUUUAGAAAUGGGGCAUUUUUCUCCCUCGCUGGCUGUUUCAUGCAAUUUUUCCUAUUUGGUAUAUUUGCUGUGACAGAGAGUUUCCUCCUCUCGGCAAUGUCCUACGAUAGAUUUUUGGCCAUCUGCAAACCUCUUCAUUACACAAUGAUCAUGACCCCCGGGUUGUGUGUUUGUCUGAUCCUUACCUGCUGGGCUUUGGCUUUCCUGAUUAUGGCAAUCGCUUUAAGUUUAUUGAACACUUUGUAUUUCUGUAAAGACAACAUUAUUGAUCAUUUUUAUUGUGACUUCCUUCCAAUAGUAAAGCUGUCUUGUUCCAAUUCUGCCACCGUUGAGAUGGUUGUGUCUUUCCUUUCAUCUUCAGCCUCUGUGCUUCCUUUCCUCAUAAUCAUCGUUACUUAUGUUUUCAUCAUCAGAGCCAUCACUAGGAUCUCAUCAGUCAAAGGCAAAGAGAAAGCCUUCUCCACCUGCAGUUCCCACCUAGGAGUUGUCUCCGUCUAUUACACCACCUUGAUUAUGGUCUAUGUGGUUUCACCUGGACACUUUGUAAUGGUGAACAAAGUUCUAUCACUGCUCUAUACGGUGAUCACCCCACUAGCGAAUCCUUUUAUCUACACCCUGAGGAACAAGGAUAUCAAGGCAGCUAUAAGACAAACCUUGACAACCAAACAAAGACCUUGAAAUUAAACUUUUUUUUUAAUGUUUGCAC